AUAUAUUGUGUGGAGUAUGUGGAGACUAGUUCGGGUCUGCAUAGUGCUUACACAAUCCAAUUUUGCUGAAUCGAAUUCAAGCUUCUAUUGUUUGUUUUAUAGCUGUUGACUUGCAACAAACUGUGUAUAUAGACAGUAAAUUAGCUAUUCAACCCAUUGCAGUAUUGCGUAGCUGUAAAAGACCACAUUCCAUACAUCAGAACUCAGAAGCCAAUUAGACCUACCAAAUUAGAUAGUGUGAACAGACCCUUUAGUUGAGUUGAGUUUUAUUUUCAACAGGUUGCAAAUGUCCCAGCAGAGUUCGAUACAACUCAUGACUUGGAUAUGGAUAAAAAAUCUUCCCUGGAUGAACAUAUUUCGGAGUACUGCCCGAAAUGUCUGUCAUCCCUCUGUGUAGGAAAAUAUUGGAUAUCAGCUUGCCUUAAAGCUUGGCUGGAAAUCUGGUACAGGACUUGGUAGACAUAAGCAAGGCAGGUUAAUUCCUGUUCCAAUGGUGAUUAAAGAAGACUUCUUAUGUCUUGGACGAAUGUCAAUGGAGCUCGAUCAUGCGAAUGAAGCGUCAAACAAGAGGCGGACUUUAGAGGUGGAAAAAGAAGAGACAGACGAGCUGAAACAGAAAUACCAGACUACACAAGACAAGGAAAAAGCGAUCGAAGAAAGUUUAAAAAAUUUAAAAGAGAGCUAUUACUGUGAACUCUGCGACAAGCAAUACAUCAAAUAUAAAGAAUACGAUAACCACAUUAAUUCCUACGACCACGCUCACAGACAGAGACUAAAAGAUUUGAAAGAAAGAGAGUUUGCCAGAAAUACACAUUCUCGAAAAAGAAAAGAACGGCAAACUGGAAGCGACGCGCGAAAACUUUCAGCCGCUACACUAAGUUCCGAAAGAACUGAUCAGAAAUCUUCACAAGCUGCAUUUAAAUCGACAUUCGCCUCUUCGCUUGUCCCACCCCCCUUACCCAGUGAACACAUCAAACCCAAGUCCACAUUCUCUAACGCACCUCCGCUUCCUAAUUCACCUCCCCCACCUUUGCCCUGCGACCCCCCUCCUCCUUUGCCAUCGGCACCCGUUCCCCCACCACAUCGUAGCAACUACAGUUCUCUAAAAAACUCUGCAAAACCAAAGUUUUUUUCCAAGACAAACGGCAUAACGUCCACAGUUAGCGGUUCUCAAAAAGGAGCUAUCAAAUUUAAUUUCGGUUUGGGAAAAAACGCCACGUCGGUGGGUUUUGUAAAAGGCCGCGUCCCUUUAAAAAAGUCGAAUGUUUUCGGAGACGACGAGUCAGAAAGCGAAAACGAAAGCGGCAAUUCGUCUGCCGAUGAAAAUGACAUUGAACCGGAGGUGGUAGUUAGUACGAAAGAAGAGCAGCAAACAUGCUUAACAAAGGCGAUAGACUACUUUGACACGUUGAUUAACAGUGAAAAGAAGAGAAAAAUAAUUCGCUUCGUACGUGGCAGUGAUGGCAGCGGAAUAUUACCUGGAACAAUUGAUGACACGAAACCCAAGGCCUUGCCUCUUUCAAGUAUUGUAUCAAAAAAAUAGUUAGAAUUGCCAUGUUGGAUUUUUCAUUGCUGCCUCUCGAUCUCUCCAUCUGCCUCAUUACCCAGGCGCUUUGUGCUUAGUUUCCUUUGCGUGGGGCGCGUUCUCACGUAACGCAGAACAUGGCACAAAGCGCCUGGGUACGAGGCAACACUCCACCCGCCGAGCUGUUGAAAGCAUGGGUUAAAUGGCCUAACGGGGUAGACAAUUUCCAAUGAAAUCAUAAGUUUGGAUUAGGUAGAAUAAUUGACGAAGGAAAAGGAAUUACUGGGCAAUCAAAGAACUGCUAAUUGUCCUAAUUAGAGCCCGUCAAGACAAUAAAUUUGUUCUCUGUAUAUAAAUGUAUGUAAAUAGUAGGUCGUUUUUAAAAAACUGUCUCACAAAAACCUUUAUUCCAACCAUUACUCGCUGUUUCGUCCACAUUUGUAAUAAUUCCAUGUUCACGUAAUUUACCUAAAUGCACGAAUUUUUCCUUGUGAGAUUAGGUCAGGAU